CCAUUAUUUCAUCUCCCGAUUGUAUUUAUAUUUCUCGUUGAUUUCUCACGCCAAACCUCCAAACUCCGAUCCGGUCAACCCCUCCGGCGUUGUUCCUUCUUGCGAGCGUCCGUCGUCCUUCGGAAGGAGAGUAUCCCCGCCCCGCCCUCAGUUCGUCGAAUCACUGCCUGCAAUCAUGAAUCCGGAAUAUGACUACUUGUUCAAGCUGCUUCUGAUUGGAGAUUCGGGUGUUGGCAAGUCAUGUCUUCUUCUCAGAUUUGCUGAUGAUUCAUACAUAGAUAGUUACAUCAGCACAAUUGGUGUUGACUUUAAAAUUCGAACUGUGGAACAGGAUGGAAAAACUAUAAAGCUUCAGAUUUGGGACACUGCAGGACAAGAACGUUUCAGGACCAUAACUAGCAGUUACUACCGUGGCGCACAUGGCAUUAUAAUCGUAUAUGAUGUAACCGAUCAAGAGAGCUUCAACAAUGUGAAGCAAUGGUUAAAUGAAAUUGAUCGUUAUGCGAGCGAAAGCGUGAACAAGCUUCUAGUGGGAAACAAGAGUGAUCUUGCUGAGAAUAGAGCUGUGCCAUAUGAAACCGCAAAGGCAUUUGCUGAUGAAAUUGGCAUUCCUUUCAUGGAGACCAGUGCGAAAAAUGCCACAAACGUCGAACAGGCUUUCAUGGCCAUGUCAGCUGAUAUUAAGAAAAGAAUGGCUAGUCAGCCUGCUUCAAGUAAUGCGAAGCCACCAACUGUGCAGAUUCGCGGACAACCUGUUGCCCAGAAGAGUGGCUGCUGCUCUUAGCUGUCGACUGCCAUCAGUUCUGUGAGUUAAGGUGUCUUCUCUUCCACCAUACACACACUCUGGUGAAGCAUUCUACGUCAACGUCUUUUUUAUAUUAGCCCAAUUCUUUCUACUACAUUUGAUCCUCUCUUCUAAGUUUGGUGUACAAAUUACAACAGACUGACUGCUUAUCCAAGUAGUGUUUGGUUGUUAUUUUGCCUUUUAUCUUCUGUGUUCCUUAGUGCUUGUCAAAAAAAAAAAAGAAAGAAAAGGAAAACGUUACACAUUUUGUGGAAAAAGGGAAUCAUGUCGUGUGCUUUGUUUAAAUUGGUAUAUUUUUGGAAUAAAUUGGUUUACUUUUGAUUC